AUUUGACAUCUUGACUGCGUUAGCUGGGUAGCGCAUUUACGGCACUUGUCACCGUCACGCGGCAGCCAGAGGUGCCAUGGAGUUGUAGUCUUUAGUCGGUUUUUUUUGUUCUUCAUGGAAAAAGAGGGAAAUAACCAAUAGAAACUAAGUCAACAAAUGUCUCUGUUAAUGGAAUACUUUAUUAUGUAUGCGUUUGUAUGUGAUCGCUCUGUUUGUUAAUGAGCUGCCCAGUUAGCUUAGCACUGACGGCUAGUGGUUGCUUAGCGACCAGAAAAGAGUCAGCUAGCAUCGGUCGAUUAAACAUACGUAGGUUUUAGCUUAGCCAAGAGUACCAAUUGUAAAAAACUUAUAAAAACAAGCAGCUAGUAGUAGAAAUUGUUACAUUCACGCUGUGAACGGCACGAGAAAUAGAACAGAUCGCGCAUUUUCAAGAUGUUUAGUUUAUGGAACACUGUCCAUCCGAAGUAAACAGCAGUCGAGAGAGUUUACAUGUUCUAUCCGUACACGCAGCACUGUAUAAGAAGCACGUUUAUGUACAAGCAAAUAGAGAAAUGAAAAUUCCAACAUAAAGAAGCAACGAUGACGUCUACAGAGAUACAAAGAUCCGCCGUCGAUCACAGUCAGAAGCAGCUCGGGAUUUGAACCCCCGCCCCUUGUCGACCCUGAGCUCUUCAACGCCGCUGAACCCUACGGUUCAUACUGUAACAACAUAAACCACGUUUACUUUACACCGUACACUAUCACCUGACCUUGGACAAGACUCGGGUUACUCUCCUCCGUCAGAUGGCGUUCUGCCUGGCUGAGCUGCACUUGUGGUCCACCAAGAGCUCUCUCCAAGUUAAAGAUACAGACAUUGGCACCUAUCAGUUCUACGAUAAAGGAGAGCCAGCCACUCCCCUGGAGCAUCAGUACUACAGUGAGAAACAACAGUUCUGUGACGCUCGAGGCUAUCCCUGGACCCCCAGGAACCGCCGGCCGGAGAAGCUGAGGGAUUCGCUGAAAGAGUUAGAGGAGCUGCUGCAGACCAACACCUGUGUUCACACCAGAUGGCGAAACAAGCUCUGCUGCCAGCUGAUUCUGCAGAGCGGCGUUCUGGUGACGGUGGCCGUUAAUGGACCUCAGCUCCAACAAGUGUGUGUGGACCGUAUACUGGUGGGAAGACUCCCAGCCAACACCAUCACAGAUGCGGUGCUCAGUGAUAGGCUGAUUCUGCUGUCCUUCCUGGAGCAGAGCCAAGUGGCUGUGGUCCACGUCAACCGAAAGAACCAGGACUCCCCAGAGGGUGGCAGCAGAACAGACAAACUCUCCGCCUCGGAAAUCAAGGUUCUCUCCGUGGAGCUCAGCGCUCAGAGUCGAAGGCUUCGCAGACGGGUCAGUCUCAACCGUCACCAGGAUGUGGCGCUGUGCUGGUGGAACCUGCAGGAGCCAGGUGACGAGCUGUGGCCCUGGACCCCCACCGAUGCUCACCGGAACAACGUGGUCCUCCUCAGCUGCUCUCCCACGGACGGACUCAAGGUUCUUUGUUCCGUGAAGACCGAGGGAGAUCCUCUGGACUGUCGCUUCAGUCUGCUGCGGCCGUACCAGCUGCUGACCGUGGAGCUUCCUGCCAGAACCCCAGAGCCCGGACAAGAGUCCUGGGCCCAGACCUGCGUUUACGAAUGCGCCCGAGGACGCUCGCACCGACUGUCCGUCACCCGCAUCCCCCUGCCGGCGACGCCCAUCUUCUGCUCCCAUCAUCCCUCGGAGACCAUGCUCCUGCUGGGCCUCAGCGACUCCUCCCUGGUCCUGUAUGACGGUCGACGGGGGGUUUCCCUGCUGGCCUCCUGCCCCGUGCCGCCCAACCUGCUGGCCUGGCACCCCGCCGGGGCCGUGGUCGUGGUCGGGGGGGGGCAGGGGGGGCUGAUGUGCUUCGACGUGGGCCUGGCGCCCGUGAAGAUGGCGCUGUUGGCCGAGGAGCCGGCUCCAGCUCCCACACUGAGGCUGACAGAACACCUGCGCUGCUCCGGAGGUCUGGAGGGCCUGCAGUGGUCCGCGGGCCGGGACGGAGGCCCGGAGGGCGGGGACAUGCUGAUGCUGGCCGUACACGGGGGUCCACUGGCCGUCCUGAGGUUCAGACUAGGAGCUCUGACUGGAGGACACCUCGGACCCGUGGAGCUGCUGCACCAGCGGCUCCUCUGUGGACAGGUGAGUGAAGCUCUGGGGAUCCUGGAGUCCAUGGACUGGAGCGCGAGCGGAGGUGAAUGUUUCAGGGCUCUCGGCUCCAUCACCAACCACCUGCUGAGGACGGAGCUCAACGCAGCGACCGAAGCCCAACUGGAAGCAGCUCUGGGGGUCUUCUACUCCCCCCCCGCUCCUCUCUCUGACUCGGUGAUACUGGAGUACAGGGAGCCAAUCGGUUCGUACGCCCGGCGCUUUUUUCACCACCUUCUUAGACACCAGCGAACAGAGAAGGCCUUCCUCCUGGCUGUGGAUUUGGAGGCCAGAGAUUUGUUCAUGGACCUCCAUUAUGCUGCCGGUGAUAAGGGCGAGCUGGUGCUGGCCGACGUGGCCAAGAGGAAAGCUAAUGAAAUCCAGGCCCGGGCCGUCGCCGCGGGAGAAGAUCCUACAGGCAGAAAUGAGAUGGGUGGAUCCAGACUCGGCGACAGACAGACUGAGAGGAACCAGAGUGAAACAGGACCUUUGCACCUGAACCCGCCCACAGCGCCCGCUGACGGCAGAACCAAUCAGAGGAGAACACCAGCAAAGACGGGUCAUGUGACGGUGAACCCAGAUCUGUUCCGGACUCUGACACAAACAGGAAACACUGAAGGAGACGGAAACAGAAAGAAUGAGGACGACGACCCUGAGACUCUGCACCUGGUUUAUCUGGGAACCGUUUGAGGAAACGAAGACAAACUGAACGUUUGACUCUCGUCUUCAACAACAGCUUAUGUUACCCAACAGUUCCUGGAACUUCACAUCGGACCCAAAGUCUUGUUUUUGUUGUUCAUGUGUAAAUAUUGUAUAAAACGAAUUAGGUUUCAUAAUUCACUGAGUUCAUGGAACUGUCUCCUAGACAUACAAAUAGUACCAGGAACUGUACUUAGCUCCUGCUACUUUUUGAUGAAAAAACAUAUAGUUCUUGCUUCUGUAACAAGUUGCUGUACCAGGUGAGCUACCUAGUUCCUACUGAUAUUUGGCGAAAAAUAAUAUAGUCCUGGUACUAUUUCCUGGUCAAUUCUGAAACGG